ACUUUGACUAUGUAUUUUCAACAAUACUGGAGAGAUAAGAGGCUGGCUUAUGCUGGCAUACCUCUCAACCUCACCCUUGAUAACCGAGUGGCAGAUCAACUCUGGGUGCCUGACACUUACUUCUUAAAUGACAAGAAAUCAUUUGUGCAUGGUGUUACCGUGAAGAAUCGAAUGAUUCGCCUUCACCCAGAUGGAACGGUGCUUUACGGCCUCAGAAUCACAACCACUGCAGCUUGUAUGAUGGACUUGAGAAGAUACCCAUUAGAUGAACAAAACUGUACUCUGGAAAUAGAAAGCUAUGGCUACACAACCGAUGACAUAGAGUUCUACUGGAGAGGUGGAGAUAACGCAGUCACAGGUGUGGAGAGGAUUGAGCUUCCUCAGUUCUCCAUUGUGGAAUAUAGACUGGUGUCAAAGAAUGUUGUCUUUGCCACAGGUGCCUAUCCAAGACUCUCACUGAGCUUCAGGUUGAAGAGAAAUAUUGGAUACUUUAUUCUUCAAACCUACAUGCCCUCCAUACUGAUUACCAUUUUAUCAUGGGUGUCAUUCUGGAUCAAUUAUGAUGCAUCAGCAGCAAGAGUUGCCCUUGGAAUUACAACUGUGCUGACUAUGACAACAAUCAACACUCAUCUGCGAGAGACUUUGCCUAAAAUUCCAUAUGUUAAAGCCAUUGACAUGUAUCUUAUGGGCUGCUUUGUAUUUGUCUUCUUGGCCUUACUUGAAUACGCCUUUGUCAACUACAUUUUCUUUGGAAAAGGCCCUCAAAGGCAGAAGAAACUUGCAGAAAAAACAGCAAAGGCAAACAACGAUCGCUCAAAGUUUGAAGGCAACCGG